AUUAUUUUUGGGUUUAUAGACCUGUACUCGACAACAUUCCUAAAAACUAGUUUAAUAAUAUUUUCUACCACUCCAACAAUAAAAAUUGUGAAUUGUGAUACAAGCAUUGUACAAGCUUCGGGAAUGGAUCAAAUCUGACCAAUGCAAGUGCAAUUUUUUUUCUCUCUUCUCUUUAAUAAAACUCAGUGAAGAUGUUGCGCUAAUCUCAAAAUAUGGUAUGAACGUAUUAGCACCUACUCAAAACGUGAAAGUAGUGAAGCAUAAAUAACGAGUAUACUUAAUAAUCUACAAAUUUGAUUUUGACUUAAACAUCUCUGCUUUAUUAUAAGCUCAAAUAAUUCAUAUUGUCAUACUAAAACUUCCAUCUCGCGUAAAUUUAAGCCGUCUUCACUUUUCUUAUGCAUUUUCUUCUUAUAAAGACAAAAUGAAAACCCUCUGAUAAUUGAAAACUCAUGCAAACGAUUAUUUAUUUAUUUUAUUUUAUUAAUACUUCUGUAUUUAGUAACCGAAUUUUACUCGCCUUUAAAGUAUAGAAAAUUGUCUAAUGUGGCAACAUGGAAACGUGUCGUUCCGUUGCUAAGGUAAACAAAUCUGUAUCAAAACAAAGAUUGAAUAAUUACAUGGUCAAAAGAAAUCAAAGAAGUUGGCAAUAGCUGGGCAUUAAGUCAUUAUAAAUAUAUUUUGAAGUUGAUAACAUUUUAAUCUUACUGCAGCUUGGAAAGUAUGUCCGUCAACACGAAAUGGCUACAGGUCAUCGUAGACGAAGACGAGCCACGACCGCGUCUAAACACCGUCACCAGCUGCAUGACAUUGUGCGACAUUAAAUGCGACAAUUACGUGCGACUGAUAGCGGCAGACAUCUCAUUGGACGAUGAACCCACGGCGACCUUGAAAAUUUUUCGAGGCACUUCGUUGCAUACGGAGUUGAAGCUCAACGGUAUACCAGCUGCUGUACAAAGCUUCUACAGCGAUGAGUCGGAACCAAAAACUCCAAUUAUUGCUGUAGCCAUCGCGGAAUCGGUGCUAUUCUUUCGAAAUAUGAAACCGUAUUUCAAAUACACAGUGCCCGGCUUAGAGGCGGAGGAGUUAGAAAGAGAUUUGUGGCUCAAAUUACCUACAGUACGCGUAGAGCAGCAACCCGCCUUAGUCGAAAGCUUAAGGUCCAUUGAGCGCCCAAAGAUGUCAAGGAAGUCGCAAAAACUAAUACAAUUGCCACAAGAAGAACAAAAUGAAUACAUUUUGAAAUAUGCAGAUGCAACAGUAAUGCGUCACCCGAAUAUUGUUGCACUCGGUUGCUUGCAACGCAUUUCCAGCGAUGCGAAUCCACCUUCACAUUUAGUUAUUGCCACCGAUAACGGUGAUAUAUUGGUGUUGGAGCCACAAAGUUUUGGUUUAAUUUAUCAAGCAAAGACCUGUGGCUAUGAGACCGUGCCCUCCAUGAUUGCCGUACAUGGCACAUAUGAAACCGAUUUUCGCGUAGUAAUCGCCACACGCUACGGCGGUGUAUAUCUCCUACGUAAGUCGGCUAAGGAGGGUCAGGAGAUAUUUAAAAUAUCUCAUCCCUUUACCGGAUUAAUGUUGUUGCCAAUAGAUCAAACGAUAACGGUGUGUGCCAUGGAUUGUCGUCUUGUUUGUUAUUCGAAGAAAGGCAAGCAAUUGUAUGUUAACAAGCUUCCCGCUCUACCGAUGUGUAUGAUUCCAAUUACACUGCCUCAUCUGGGACUCACACUCUGCUGUGUAGCGUUGGAAGGUGGUCUGGUGCAGUUGUACUUGCAACGUUAUUUGGUAAAUGAGUUCCACAUGGUAUCCACAAUUGGCGCGAUGUGCUUCGGACGCACCGGCCACGAAGAUUACGUGCUGAAUAUGGUUAGUGUUGAGGGUGAGAUAUUCGUGAAAAUUCUAAAACGAACAGCUGCAUUUGACCCGAGUGAGUUGCUUGCACUUAAGGAAAAUGUCGAGAGUAAGAUGAUGGUUGAAACGAUUUUGGAAAAGUCGAAGAAAAGUUCGAUAUUUGUUGAACAAGCAGCGAGGGAAAAACAAAAUGCCAAGACAACUUAUGGCGCUUUUCAAGCCGAGCUAUGGCGUUUACGUUACGUAGCUGCCCGUGCCACUGUCGACGCCAUCAACUCGUCGGAAAGCACAAUUUCUGGUGAUAUAACACAUGCACCUGUCAAACUUUCUGCGGAGGUAUGUGGGGUUGGUCCGGAGUUUCGACUUUAUCUAACUAUACAGAACAUGUCAAGCUACAAAAUGGCAUCGAACCUAACUGUGCUGCUCCACGCCGAUCGUCGUCACUACACCUUAAACAAAUCAAUGGCCAAGCUGCCUAGCAUAUUGCCUGGGGUGCCUCUGAAAAUCGACUUUGAGAUCGUAGCGGUAUUGGAUCCAAAUCUUAAGUUACCUCCACAUACACUGACGAUAGAAAAUUCGCAAAUACGCGUUAUGCUGUUGAAAGCGCGCCAAACGAAACCGUUGAUCGCCGCUGUGAUCGCCAUGCCGCAAUCGGAAGCGAAUGUUUGAAUUUCAUGUGUUGAUAUUGUAUUAGUCGCAAAACUCUUGUGCCCAAAAGUAUGUUUUAAAGACGACCUAUUCGAAUAAAAUGUUAUGAUUGGAUAAAUGUG